GCGAUAGGUUCUAUUUCUUCGCCCGAAAAUAUUUUUUAAAAUCAAGAAAGUACCUAAAUACUUUAAAAAUGCUGAACAAAGUAUUUUGCUUUCGACUUCACACCUUCGGUGUGGUUAUGGGUUGGCUUAGCAUAGUGGCAUCCAUAUUUGCCACAAUCAUUUUGUCCAUAGUUUUGGCACACGGAAACGAACGUAUUGACGAUUUUUUUUUUGGUACAUUUAAAUUGGCAUUUGUGGUUUGCAUGAGUAUUAUACUGAUUUUGGCAGCGAUCAGUAUUGUGACUUCGUUUCUACUUUUGGUGGCUCUCCCUAAGAAAAAAUCUUCUUUAGUGCUUCCCUGGUUGAUAGACAAUGGAUUGCGAAUGUUCCUCGUCACUAUUUUAAACCUUAUUGUUUGGAUAGGGCUCAUUUGCAACGCGCCCGUAAAAUUCAUCAUUCUUUAUUUUAUAUUUAUCGGCGCCCUUAAUGUACUCGGCUGGUAUCUGUACUAUGGAAUAUAUUCGCUGUAUAGAUCUUUCCAGGCCCUUGAAGAUAUAAAAGGCUCAGGACAUCCAUUUCAACGAUAUUCGUAAAAUCUGUGUCCUUCCUUCAAUUCGCUCGAUUUAAUUUAAAGAACUUACCUUGUGUUUGAAAUCGAGUUACAUUAAAUGCCUUGUGAAAUAGGCGGAAAACGUAAAAACAAGAC